AUGCUUCUAAUAUCCAAGGCGUCUUCAGUAUUACCUUCUUCUACUACCACGGAUCCGAGUUCACGCUACGCGCUCGACACCUUCUCGCACUCUAUGCCCGCAGCCAAACGCCCUAAACUGUCCCUACAGACGUCCGCCCUACCGUCAGCACACUACGGCACCGCCGGCUCGAACACCGGCAAUGCACGUCUCAUGGACAUGGCGACCGCGACACCCACGACUCUCAACACAUUCAACAACACAUUCGACCUCAGCAUCCGGCCUUCGCCUAUCUCAAGCAUAGCGCCUCCGUCCGCCCUGUCCAAACCUCUCACAACGACCAGCUCCCGGCCCAAACGCCAAGCUGCCGGUACUUACGAACUAAACCUUCCCCUCGGCAUUCGCCCAAUCCUUAAGAACUCCUCCCUCCCACCCGACCUUCGCCGCGGCAGCCUCAGUGCUGCCGCCAGCGCAUCGCCCCUCAGUGCCGUCAGCUCGUCCCGGAGAGUGUUCUUUCCUGAGCCUAAACGGGUCAAAUUCGCUGUCGGAGGGGACGAAGAAGUGGUCAAUCGGGUUUACACGAGGCGGCACAUGGACAUUAGUUCGAGCGAGGAUGAGGAAUCAAGCAGUGGGAGUGGUGAGGAGGGAGAAGAAUCGGGUCCGCCAUCGGAGGCGCCUACAGUCGGUGAUGACGAUGCUGUUGCGGAGGAGCCGCAAGAGCGCGCAGCGGCACUUCGAUUAUCAUCAAAAACGGCCGAAAAUGUCGACGAAGUCCAAAGGGGCCGAAGCCAGUCGCGGCAUCACCGCAGGUCAUCGAAUGAUGCGACUCGUAAAACACGAAAGCGACGUCGGUGGGAGUGGACUUUGGGCAGCACUGCUACUGGCGAAGCAGAGACAGCAGGAGCGACAGAGCCGAGACCGACGACAGGGAAGUCGCUGUCGCGUGAUUCCGCAGCAGACGAUGCCGCCAAAGAUGGCGCUGUUGAGGUAGCGGUGGAGGAGGUGCAGGCGACGCCGAGUCCUGCGGACGUGAAUGCUGAGACUCCGAGUCCGUCGUAG